UGAACUCCAAGCAAUUGAAAAUGGCGAGCUGGUGUGUUCGAGCGGUGAGACAGAGCUACUCAAUAGUAGCAUCACCUGUCCUGUUAAGGACGUCCCCGCGGCUUCUGUGCACCGCCACCCAGCAGAAGACAAAUGGCCCAAGCCCGGAUGAGGAGACAGGGGGUCAGAAGGCUGAGCAGAGCGCGGCAGAGAAGGCCUUGGCCGAGGAGAAGGUCCAGCUGGAGGAGCAGCUGAAAGAGAUCACCGAUAAGUACAAGCGGGCAUUAGCUGACACGGAGAACCUCAGACAAAGGAGUCAGAAGAUGGUGGAGGAUGCUAAAUUAUACGGAAUCCAGGGUUUCUGCAAAGACUUGCUUGAGGUAGCAGACAUUCUGGAGAAGGCGACAGAGAGCGUGCCCAAAGAGGAAGUGAGGGAGGAUAACCCCCAUCUGAAGAACCUGUACGACGGGCUGGUGAUGACGGAGGUGCAGAUCCAGAAGGUGUUCACCAAGCACGGCCUGGUGAGGCUGAACCCAGAGGGACAAAAGUUCGACCCCUACGAACACGAGGCCCUCUUUCACGCCCCCGUGGAGGGCAAAGAGCCGGGCACGGUCGCCAUGGUGACUAAGGUCGGCUACAAGCUGCACGGGCGUACCCUCAGGCCAGCCCUGGUGGGCGUGGCCAAAGCCCCUUAACAGUAUUCACGUGGAGGAAUCUUACCUGAUCGACAGGUGUUAAUGGGUACAGCAGAAGCUCUUUUUUCCAGUGGUGCCUCAGAGAGGAGGGACUCUAACCGGUGACAUCUGGCUGUGGACAUCACAAAAGAUGUUCUUUUUUCCCCCUCCCCAUCAUGGACAGAUGUAUGUGAAUGAUGACAAUGGUUGGAACCGUAGAACAUUAAACCGAUUAUUUGCAUGUCAUUUUCAUGCUGUGUAAAAAGUCAUCAGUGUCAGAUUGAAGGUCUCUCUUUUGUCUAAAAACACCUGUACAUGUCUCACCAGGUAAAUGAAAUGUAACCACCGAUUAAUUUCUGUAGACUGUGAUCAUCCCACUCAAGACAUCUGAACUAUAGAAAGUACAUGAGACUGUCAGGGUCACUUAUCUGAUUUAUUUGAUUUCAUUUGUAUUCCGUCAAUGUGAUAACAUGUUGAUCCUACCUGUAAAGGCUUGGCAAAUCCAAGUGCUGCAGAAAAUAAAAGUGACUGGAUUAGUUAAUAGGUCAUCAAUUGGAUACCGAUCUACAACUGAAGUAUAGGACAGUACUAGGGCACAGUACAUGCAGUUGAAAAUGUUUAGAUUAAUAAGAUCGUCUAAUGUAUUCACUGAAGUUUAUAAAGGCUUCAAAGCUGUACAUUAUUCUUGGAAACCUUGUGAGCAAACUUUACUUUUACCAUUAAGAAAUGACAAUAUAACACAAAUAUCCAUAUAAACUUAAGGAUAAUUUAAUAAAGUUAAACAGGUAAAGUACAUUCUCCUGCUAACCUCCCAUUGAAAAGGCUACAUGUAAUGGUCCCCUAUGAAAAGCACAAUCACAGAUCCCAGCUCACCUCUAAAUGUCAUUUGUACUGCAGAUUCAUAUAAAUUCCAGCAAAAUUUAAAAAAAACUGCCCCAUCCAAUAGGUGGAGCUGUCAGUUUCACAAAAUCUCUAUCAAUCAAUAAAAAAUGAAGCAAAUAUUCCUUUGGAAAAUAUAAUUUAUCAUUGUGAAAUAUCCUAUAAACAUAAAUGCAGCUAUGAUGGUAUACCAAGUCCUGCUCUGUAGAGAAUACCUUAUUAAGAAAAGCAGUGGCUGGAAGACACCAGUCAAAAACAAGAUAAGCGAACCAUUAAUGAGAUCUUUGAUUUAGUUUCUCAUUCAGUUAUCAAUGUUCCCAUUGCCCCACCUGAACUGAAGAUAGAGGAAGAGCUGAUUGAUGCUUUACAGUUGCGCUGUCAGAAUCGCAGAAUGCGUCAGGUUGCAUACUCGUGUGUAGCAGCAAUGCCCUGCAUAUGAAAAAGGUACUCUAGGCUCUUCUCAAAUUGUAUAGUAUUUACUAUUUUCAUUGAUGACCCAAGCCAUUGCCUCUUUCAAAAUCAUACAUGUAACAUUCAAUUGUGGAUUUCCAGGACAUAUUUUGGAGAAUUUCUCCAAAUACUUUGAACAGUUUAGUGUAUAGAAAACCAUGACAUUUGUUCAAAAAGUUUUUCUGGUUGCAAAAUUUCAUAGGGGACUAAAGAAGUCAUGGUCAUGUGUUAUGCAUUCCCUUAUACUGCACGUUUACAGCAUAUUAAAUAGCAAGAAAACAUUUUGUCAGAAAAUCAUAUUAACUGAAAAUAUACUUUAAGUAUGCCCAUUAGUUAUGCCUUUAGUUUACCCUUCCCAUAAUAUUUGAUUUAAUAUCUUUUCAUCUAAAAUCAUGACAUUAGUCAAUGCCAUGGCUACAAGUGAGAUUUCAUUGUUUCGAUGGUACUCACCUCUGGCCACUAGGUAAAUAUCCACCAGAGCUGUGGGCAGUCAGAGCCUGAAAAGUACCCUAGAUACUUAUGGAAGUUUUCAGCCACAGCCUGGCACUGUAGUCCUUUUCCUGAUUCUGAGGUACAGAGGGAGUGGAGGGUGGAGGUCUCUCACAUACACACAUAUGCGCACACAACAGUAAUUUUGUAGUGAAUGGUCAUUAGUAUAAUCCAUUACUCUCACUCUGGUGUGCCCCAAAGUGUAUGGUAAAAUGCUGACCAAUAAAGGAGACCAGAGCUCUGCUGUACAAGGCUUGAUUCCUCUUAUUUUUUUAGUAGACAGACCUCCCAGUACACAGCCUUCACAAUGCCUACAUUUAGUCUUUUUUUACAUCUUUUUUAAGGAGUUCAUUGUAGUCAUAUUGUGCAGAAAUGCUGAAUUACUUGUCUCAUAGAUUGACUUCUCCACUUUGAAUCAAAUAUUAAAAAUGCUUCUCUUCCUUUCUUUCAGAAAAAGUCAUCUCAUUUAAAAAUAAGGAGACUUCCAAGCGUAAAGUAUGUGCACUUUAAUACAAAACAUGUAAUGACACAAUGUCAUGUGCAACCACAAAAUAUAGGACAAGAAACGCCCUCCUGGAUAGCUUCGACCAACUUAUCUUAAACAUUAACAUUCCUAGGCAUACUACUCGGACACAACGCUAAGGACAGAGCAUGCUAAGACAAUAUGUGGAAGGCUUCUUAACAGUUCUUUCAUUUUUACUUUUUUUUUCUUUUAUUACAAAAGUUAUAAAAUGU